AUGCCACAGAACUUUAUACUAGAAGUUGAAGUUUUUGAUGUUUGGGGCAUUGACUUUAUGGGACCUUUCCCAACCUCUUUUGGUGACCAAUACAUUCUAGUGGCAGUUGAUUAUGUCUCCAAAUGGGUGGAAGCCAUUGCCAGCCCUACUAAUGACGCACAAGUGGUCUUUUGGAGCAUUCUGGAGCAUAUGGGACGUAAGGAGCAUGGAGGGACUUGGCACAUGGAAGCAGCUCAACUGGAUACGCAAAGGAAGAAGGGAGAAGCCAUCUUGAAGACCAGCUCGACCAACCGGUCGAGUUCCUCAACUCGACCGGCCAAGCUUCAACUCGAUCGAGCUGAGAAGUCAACAGUCAAACCCGAAAAAUGUUGCUUCCCCCUUGACUUCCUUUGA